GAAUUUUGUCUUGUAGUUUUUUCUUACAUUUUGAAAGUUUCUUGAUCGUCGUUGCUGGAAAUGGAUGGMGAGGUUGUAGACGAGGUUGUGUCUAUGGUAGAUGUGCUUCAAGAAGACAACGAACUUGAAGAGGAAGCGAAUGCUGUUUUAGGAGACAGCGACGAUCAGUGCUGUACGUACAGCAAGGGUUAUGUGAACAGACAAGCUUUGUAUGCUUGUAAUACAUGUACACCAACAGAGAUGGCUGGUUUAUGUCUGGCAUGUUGCCUUACUUGUCAYGAUGGACAUGAACUCUAUGAACUGUACACAAAGAGGAACUUCAGAUGCGACUGUGGAAACUCUAAGUUUGGUACCAACACAAGAUGUAAACUAUACCCUGAUAAAGAUGMCGUAAACAGUGAUAACAAGUAUAACCAGAAUUUUAGAGGGUUGUAUUGUACAUGCCAUAAACCAUAUCCAGAUCCUGACGAUGAGAUUGAGGAUGAAAUGAUUCAGUGUAUUAUCUGUGAGGACUGGUAUCACUCAAGACACCUUGGCUCUCUACCUCCUGCUAACUACCAAGAAAUGAUMUGUGAUGAGUGCACCAAAAAAUGCUCCUCUUUCCUACAUGCAUACCUCCAAUUUUCAGCAGGCAGUCAAUCCAGCUUAGGUCAAAGACAACAAGUUAUUACAAAAGCAGAAAAAGAUGUUAUUGUUGAUGUUGGAAAAGAAGAAGUCAAACCAGAAACAACAGCUUGUUCUAGUGACGAGACCAAAGACACAUMUGAAAACAGUUGUGAAGAGGAAACUAAACUGACACAGAACGAGGAUAGUGUUACCAGCAAAGAACAACUUCAAAAGAACGRUACUGUAAAGGAAGAAGACRGAGAAACGAAUUGUCAAUGUAAACUUCUCCAACUUCAAAGCUCAACAGAUAAAAAUCAAGACAACACAGCAUCAUACUGGACAGAAAAAUGGAGAUCACAGCUCUGUACUUGCAACAGUUGUAAGGCUUUGUACAAGUCUAAUGGAGUUUCUUUCUUACUGGAUGAUCAAGAUACAAUGGUGGCAUAUGAAGAGCGAGGGAAAGUAAGUCAAGCUGAGAAAAUGUCRGCCUAUGAAAGUGGGAUGCAGGCACUUGGCAACAUGCAAAGAAUAAACCAAGUAGAAGCAAUACACGGCUACAACGACUUAAAGAAUGAGCUAACAGAGUACCUACGAGAAUUUGCUGACCAAGGGAAGGUCGUUACUCCUGAGGACAUUAAGAGUUUUUUUGACACCAUGCAAUCACGUAAGAGACAGCGAGUUGGYUCGGCCAGUACCAUACAAUAUCAAUGUAAAUAACGUCAGUUUACAUUAUUUGUGUAUAACAGAUUUUAGAAUCGUCGCAGGCGAUUUUGUUAGGCCUUUACCCGGUUAGUUCCCGAUCUUUUCACGAUUCAAUCUCGAUCAUUUUACGAUUAAAAAGAUCGAAACAAAAGAAAGGGAUGAUGACUGGAUCGGAUUAAACCAUACGCACUUUAGAACAUUAUUAAACUUUCUAAAAUAUUUAGGAUACUACGCGCGCUGUGAUUGGUCGAAAACCAUGUUUGAUUACAGUAUCAAAACACGCUCGCGCGCGUCAAAAAUUUCUUUUUUCCCGCCGUUUGCAUUUGUUGUUGUUAUCAUUCAUUUUCAAGAACAAUGAACGAAGAAAUGCCUAUUUAUGAUGUCCUCUGGGAUGAUAUCCCAGAAGAAGAGCUAUCAAACGUUUUAGAAG